CACUACCUGUUGUCAUCGGUACCUCCGAGCCGCCAUAGGUAAGAAGAGGCGCAUGCUAGAGGUAACUAGACUAUCUAACAAGGUUUGCAUUUCCUUUACCACGAGAAACUCUAUUCCGUCUUCCAAGUUCAGUUCAGUUCAGUUCCGCUCUGUUCCCCAGAGCUCUAUACCCACUGAAGAUAUCCUCCGAUGGGGGGCUUGUCUUCCUGACACCACUCAGCUCUGUCAAAAAAGGGGACCCCAAAGACAUUUCCUUAUAACGGAGGCUGGGGCUGGGAUAUCCAUUCUGCUGAAAUCAGGUAUUCUGGGAAAUUCUCUUUCCUGACCUGUGAGACAUCGUGCUCCGAGUCAGGCUACUCUACUCUUCUUCCCCAAGCCCAAACACUUCACGAUGCCUUCUUGGACUUCCAGCAACGACGAUAAGAUGAGCAGCUGGCGGGACCAGCUCUCGCCCCGGAACCUGAGUUUUCGGGGCUUUAGAAGAGCUUCUGAGUCUGUGGCAAAAACAACCUCCUCAACCAGUAAAGAUUUCACCAUGUUGCACUAUCCGGACCGACCUGCCAGGAGGAUCACUGAGGCCGAUAUUCCCAGUGACGAAGAGUGUAGAAAGUCUCUUAUUAAUAUGAGAAAAGCUUCUUUCGUGGAGCAAAUACAUCGACGACAUGAAAUUCAACAUCAGAAACAAUUAUCUCCUGUGCGAGAACCAACGCAAGAAGAGCUUCCAGCAUUGAGACCGCCUCAACAUGAGUUACCUCGAAUAGUACAGCCACCAACAGAACAACCUCGAGCAAUUCAACCACAGAUUAAGCAGCCUCGAAUAAUACAGGCACCAGCGGAACAACCACGACUAGAGCAUCCUCGAGCACAGCAGCCGUUGCGAUUAACUUUUGGACCGUUUAAUGGACAGUUCCGAUCUGCCUUUGGACCACUUACACCCGCUGAAGAGGAGCCAUGUCCGUUAGAAAAGCUCGACACCAUUGGGUCUACAGCAACAGCAACACCACAAGAUUCACUGCAAGUUCCCGAACCUUCUGUGGACAUUCGAAAAAGCCUCUUAGUUGUUGAUGAUUUAAAUAUUGCAAGAGAACCUUCGCCUUCUGCGGUCAUCAGCGAAGCCAAGACCAUCAAACUCGAACGAGUAGACAACCACGCUACACCUGGCGUCUCACCAAUCUCAUCACCACGACCAAGCGAUGCUUCGGCUUCAGGAUGGCCCAGGCGAAAACAAUCAGUUCAAAUGGUCGCUAUUCGUCGAUCAUCGCAAGAUUCUCAGAAGCGCAAGCAGUCUGCUCAUACAGUCGUUGUGCGACGGCCUUCCAAGCCAACGGCAGAUGCCCUUAACUCCCAUCCCGUUCACGCACCUUCUACACAAGUCCAUGUUCGACAAGACAGUGUUUCGGACCCAAUGUGUCGGGUGUGUCAUAAUGGAAUCGCUGAGACGUCUGGGACUUGUUCAAGCUGUGAGAAUGGCGCCAUCACAGCCACGCCGGUCGAAAUCAGUCCCAACUUCUCUCGACUUCAUCACAAGCCAACUAUCAAGAAGUACAACCGUCCACCUCCUCUGAUUCCUCAGUCUCUCGACGGUAUCGCCAAGCUUCAUCGCCCCUCCGCUUCUCUCACCUCUGAUCCCGAAGCGAAUUCACUGUCACCGCCGGCUUCGCCAACAUCGCAUUGCAGCAGUCCAGCUGAGACCGUCAAGACAGUGGCGACGGGUCCUUCAGUUCCUCCGACCCCAAUGUCAGCCCUCUCGACGCCUGAAGUGUUUAAGCACUUCCAGGAAGAGGUUGAAUCAAGGGCCAAGGCAGAUGAUAGUCCCGCAUUCGAUGAUCCAUGGAUGAUCAAAUCCAAGACUCCUGAGGCUGAUGUCUAUGAAGAAGACUGGGCGGAUUAUUACUUCGAUGAGCAAAACUUCAACGACGACAAAGUCACUAAUGGACCGGCGCCUGGUGCGAAUUUUGUUCCGAGUCCUGUCAAUCCAGGUCCCGGGUGGAUAUAGAGCCUUAUAAGAGAUUGCGUGUAAAAGAUUGUAUCAUGCAUAUAUUCAAAAUGCCAGGUAGCGGGUUUGUUUUCUAUAUCCUGGUCAAAUAGCGACAAGCGUUCUUUCAAUCCAAUCAUGAGUCUAUGCUUCAUAACCAUCUCUUUCGUCUCUUCGUGACAUCUUCUCACAUCUAAUCCAUCUCAACUUUUAAAUCUAUAUUCUAAUCUAGAGAAUUUUUGUAACGGCCAAGCCGCUUGAAUCUCCACCUUCUAAUUCUAUCAAUCCACCAGCUUCAAUUCUCUUCUUCCACUUGUUGCUCUCAUAUCGCGCAAAAAUUAUUGUCAUGCGUAGUGUAACAUCGCUGCUCGAGUCAUGCUCCUGCAGUGAUUCCGCAACAGGUGUGAACGUCCAGCGGCCAAAUGCCCAGUUGAGGAUAUAUCGACCGGAGGCGCUUGGCUCUGGUGGGGGGAUAUCGGGAUCGGAGUUUGUGGGCGUUGAUGAGAGUGAGACAAGGGCCUUGAUGCGGUAGGCUUCGUCUUUGGGGGCGGAGGAGAGGAAGGCGAUGAGCUUUGCGGUCGAAACUCGUGCUGAAGGAUCGGCUUUCAGGACAACUGACAAAACCUCGACUUCGCUUUGGUGGUCGUGAGAAUGGCCGUUUGUUGUGCCGUUGGAGUGGUCGUGGCUGUGGCCGUUGGUCUUUUCAAGAUCUGCCCCUGUCAACUCCUUCGCCAAACCACCAUCCACACCAAAGAUCAAGUCCAUCGACACUUUGCCCUUGUCGCUCUUGACCUUGGCAACGUCAACUUCUAGAUCGCCAACUCGGUCGAGGCAUUCGUCGUAUCUCAGCAUGCUGACAUUUUCCCACUUGUUGAAGACAAUGAGAUCGGUGUAGCGCGCUUGGAUGCGUGCCGUGUAGCUAGUGUCCUCAUAACCCUUCCAGUUCUCGACGUCAAUGACGCUGAUGACACCGUCGAGGAUAUACUUCCCGGACUCACGCGCAAGGCGGUUGACUUCGAGAGCGAGGGUCGCGGGGAAUGCCGAGCCGCUGGUUUCAAUAACGAUUCGAUCGGGUGUGACGGUCUUUUCUAGUUCUUCGAGCGCGGGGCCGAGUUGACCGACGAGGUUACAGCAGAUGCAGCCGUUGAGGAGUUCCUGGACACCCGAAAUGGCAGAGUUGGCCGCGAGUUGUGAGUCGACUGCGAGAUCGCCGAAUUCGUUCUUGAGAAGCGCAAGCUUAUAGUCUGGGUUCUGGGCGCGAAGUUGAGGGAUCAGGUUCAGAAUCAGUGUCGUUUUACCUGAUCCCAGGAACCCUGUAACGAUAGUGAUAGGAAUUGGCGCCAUCUUUGCUGUACUUUCAACAGAAUUGAGGUUGAAAAUAGCACCUAUAUAAAAAAGGGACGGCGUCAAGUUUUGUUCCUGAUAAAAUACCUCUUUAGCGGAACAAACAAAAGUGAUAUCGUUGGGUGAUCAUCAGCCCAUCCAUUCA